AUGGUGGCUACAAAGAAGAUGAAGAACUCGCUGGAAUCUAUCACCUCAGGGCUCCAACUCAUUAUGAAAAGUGGAAAGUAUGUGCUGGGGAACAAGCAGACUCUGAAGAUGGUCCGACAAGUCAAAGUGAAAUUGGUCAUCCUCACCAACAACUACCCAGCUUUGAGGAAAUCUGAAACAGAGUUCUAUGCUAUGUUGGCCAAAACCGGUGUCCAUCACUACAGUGGCAAUAAUAUUGAGUUGGGUACAGUAUGUGAAAAAUACUACAGAGUAUGCACACUGACUAUCACUGAUCUAGGUGAUUCUGAUAUCACUAGAAGCAUGCCAGAGCAGACUGGUGUAAAGUAA